CGCGGCCCCUGGGGGAGCACCCCACAAGGUGGAGAACAACCAUGGUGCAAGAUGCAAGCGCGAUGUGGUGAUUGGCGAAGAGGGUUCCCAUAUUUCCGGAGGCAAAAAAAAAAAGAAGCUCUUGUCUUUCCGACUUGGCCGAUCUCUUGUCUCGUUCCAUAUUCUAUGGUGAUUCAAGUUUAGAGAUUGACUUGAUUCCCAUCGGCAGAUAAUGGACAAGUCCACUUUACCGCAGGAUGCCAUCCAUCCAGAAACCUUGGACGAGUACGAUGUGCCUCCCAAGGACGAUCUGCAGCUCAAUAUUGGCGGCCGGGGAGCCACGCAGCGACGACUGCGGAACUACCAUGUCACCAUGAUCGGUUUCUGCAGCGGAAUUGGGACUGGCCUGUUUGUGGGAACAGGCGCUGCCUACGCCAAAGCCGGUCCAGCAGGCUUGUUGCUGGCGUAUAUCAUUGUGGGCAUGGUAUUGUGGUGUGUGAUGCAGAGCAUCGCCGAGUUGGCGACACUGCUGCCCACCGCUGGAUCCUUUCCCCACUGGGCCACCCGGUUCAUCGAUCCAGCGGUCGGCUUCUCGCUGGCCAUCUCGUACGGAUACUGCUACACCAUCGCCAUCGCCUCGGAAGUCUCUGCAGCGGCGGUCAUUGUCUCCUAUUGGACGGACCUGACGCCUGCCGUGGUCAUCACCGUGGGAUUGGUGUUGAUCCUGGCGAGCAAUUUGAUGAGCGUGCGCUUUUAUGGCGAAACGGAAGUCUUCGGAGGUACUGUCAAGGUGCUCUGCUUCCUCGGCUUGGUGAUUGUUUCGAUCGUGAUCACCGCAGGAGGUGGCCCCAAAGGUGAUAGCAUCGGCUUCCGAUAUUGGCAUGAUCCUGGCCCGUGGACCAAUUAUAACGGUAUUACCGGCCCGACGGGACACUUUUUGGGCUUCCUGUCGUCCUUUGUCAACGCAUCCUUCAGCUUCAUCGGCGUCGAGACCGUUGUCAUCACCGCUGCCGAGUCUGUUGACCCUCAUCGUGCGAUUCCGAAGGCUGCCCGCCGCGUGACCUAUCGGAUCGCCUUCUUCUACAUCCUCGGUGCGCUGCUAAUCGGGAUUAUUGUCGACCCGCGCAACGGGGCCCUGGUCUCUGGCUCCGAUAAUGCAAAUAGUUCGCCAUUCGUCAUUGCAAUCAAGGAAGCCGGCAUCAAUGCCUUACCAUCGAUUGUCAAUGCGUGUAUCCUAAUCGCUGCAUGGUCGGCGGGCAACUCUUACUGCUGGGUGGGCUCACGCAUGAUGGUGGCCAUGACGACGGACCGCCAGUUGCCGCAGGUCUUCGGCCGCGUCACCAAGAAGGGGGUGCCAUAUGUCGCCGUCAUUGCCUCCUGGCUCUUUGGGCCGUUGGCGUACCUGAGUCUCGGGACCGGCGGUGCGGCGCAGGCCUUUGCCUGGCUCCUCAAUCUCAGCACGGUCGCCGGAUUGAUCGCGUGGGCAACCCUCUCCUUCUGCUAUAUUCGCUUCUACGCCGCAAUGAAAGCGCAGGGGAUCCCUCGAGAGACGCUUCCCUGGAUGGCGCCGCUGCAGCCCUAUGCCGCGUGGGUAGGCUUUAUUGGCUCCACCAUCAUCACUCUAGUGGCGGGCUUCCCUGUUUUUCUCAAGGGGAACUGGUCUUCCUCGGACUUUGUAGCCUCGUACAUUGGCAUUCCCAUUUUUAUCGUACCGAUCAUUGGCUGGAAGCUCGUCCAUGGUACCAAGUAUGUCCGUGCGGCGAAUAUGGAUUUAUGGUCGGGUCGUCUGCAAGAAGGCGAGAUCGUGGAACAGAGAAAGCCUCCCGACACCCCUUGGAGACGCUUCGUCGACUGGCUUUUCUAAUUCAUUCGAGGAUGUAUAUAGAUGUAUAUUUUUGGAGCGAUGCUUCGUACCUCUUCCAUACGUUCAAGAUGGUUUAUUUGCGAGCAAGUAUAAACUCUUCUUUUAAACGCUUCAUAACCAGAAAGUUCAUGAUUUUCAUGUGGGUCAAGGUUGCAUCCCGAAAC